UCCCGGUCGCUACGGUGCCGCCUGCCGCCUGGAGUGCUCAUGCCAGAACAAUGGCACCUGUGAGCCCGCCACGGGCGCCUGCCACUGCGGCCCCGGCUUCUACGGCCAGGCCUGCCAGCACCCCUGUCCCCCUGGCUUCCACGGGGCUGGCUGCCAGGUGGCGUGUGAGUGUCAGCACGGAGCCUCCUGCCACCCCGUCAGCGGCCAGUGUCUCUGCCCCGCCGGCUUCCACGGCCAGCUCUGCGAGAGGGGGUGUGAAGCAGGCUCAUUUGGAGAGGGCUGCCGCCAGCACUGUGACUGCGAGGCCGGGGCACCCUGCGACCCCGUCACCGGCCAGUGCCUUUGCCCCCCAGGGCGCACAGGGGCCACCUGUGACCGUGACUGCAGACCGGGCUUCUUUGGGCCAGGCUGUGCCUUGCGCUGUAGCUGCGGAGCUGGGGCCGGUUGUGACCCCGUCAAUGGGCAGUGCCACUGCGUGGACGGCUACACUGGGCCCACCUGCCAGCAAGCGGCCUUGCAACCGGCCUCUGACGGACCAGCACCUGGGCUCAGCAGCAGGGCACAGAAACACUAGCGCAGAGGCAGCAGUCAAGCAGGCCCGUCUCCCGGGUGCUCUGGCGACGACUGAGGAGGGCGCCCAUAGGCCAGGACUCCAGCCGCAGCCUCGUCCCCGAGGGCCGUGUGCAGCCACGCAGCCCCUCGCUCUGCAAGGAUCGGCUGGCACGGGGAGGGAGGCCCUGGCCGGCCCAACCGCAAGGAGCCCGGACGAGUGGACCGGCCCUAUUGGCUGUACGUGCUGAGCAAGCCCGCCUCCCCGGGUGGGGACUGAGGUGUGGGCGCAGGUGCGGCAGGGGACCCCUGCCCCCCGAGCUGGUUCUUCUGGUGCUAGGCCCUGGGACUGCUGUGGCCCCAUCUGUUCGCCUGGAGCCACAGCCCACUGUAUUUAUGUAAAAGUAUUUAUGGGCAGCUGGACACGCCCGCCGCACCCUGGGCACCGAAGGCUGCCCGUCCCCUGCGCCACGAAACCCUGACGCGGGACCUUGGGGCUCUGAGGGGCCUCUGGGUGGGGGACUCUGGUACAUGUGAAACCCAGUAAUUUAAGGAAGAAGCAGUCGCUUCCUUGUGA